GGUUCCGUUAGCCGGCUUACUUCGAUUUACUGCUCCUUAAUUUGUUGUAUAUCUUUCUCACAUCAUUUCAAUUGCACGACCUUCCUAACUCCUAAGUCCAAAAUAGAACAAAAAAAAACUUCCCUACCUACCCCCACUACAAAUCUCCUACAUCAAUAACAAAAGGCAACAAAAACCCCAAAGAAAUGGAACACUUUUGGUAAAGAUUCAAAAUCCAACAAUCUAAAAACAAAACAAACAAAAAAACAAAGAAAUAAAGAUGGAUUACACCAAGAACUCCAUUUCUACUCUUGCAAUUUUUUCACUUCUUCUAGCUGGAUUUAUCUAUGUUUCUACUUUAUCUCCUUUCCCCUAUAAAGCUUUCUCUUCUUUCAAAAUUAACCCAACAAACUCUUCACCUGGGAAAAAUGAGCUUGAAGAAGCUUUGCAAAAAGCUUCAAUGGAGGAUAACACAGUAAUUAUAACUGUAAUAAACAAAGCUUACGUGGAGCCAUAUAACGGCGAGUACCCAUCGAUGUUCGAUUUAUUUUUGGAGAGUUUUUGGGAAGGAGAAAUUACAAGGGUAUUACUGGAACAUUUAUUAGUAGUCGCCGUUGAUGAGACGGCGUACGAACGGUGUAAGUUCCGGCGACUUCAUUGUUACCGGCUGGUUACCGGCGACGUGGAUUUCGCCGGAGAGAAGGUUUACAUGUCGGUGGAGUUUAUAAAUAUGAUGUGGAGGAGGACACGUUUUUUGAUGGAUGUGCUUAAACUUGGUUAUAAUUUCAUAUUCACGGACACAGAUGUAAUGUGGCUUAGAAAUCCAUUUUUGAUGCUAAACAAGAGCAACAAAUUGGACUUACAAAUGAGUACUGAUUGGUUCAAUGGAAACCCUUUCUCCAACUCAAACUCCAUCAACACAGGCUUUUACCAUGUGAGAUCCAACAGUAAAACCAUCACAUUAUUCCAACUAUGGUACGCGAUGAGGAGGAACUCGAAGGGCAUGAAAGAACAAGACGUCUUGAACAAAUUGAUACAUGAAGGCGUGAAUAAGGAACUCGGUCUUAGAAUCAAGUUCUUGGAUAAUCUCCAGUUCAGUGGUUUCUGUAGCGAUAACAAAGAUGUUAAGUUAGUUAUGACCGUUCAUGCCAAUUGUUGCCGGAGCAUAGAAGCCAAAGUGACUGAUUUAAAGAAUGUGCUAAUGGAUUGGAAGAGAUUCAAGGAGGGUCAUGUUGCUAAUGGUGAAAAUAGUUUCAAAUGGUCUAAUCAUACUUCUUGUACCAAUUCAUGGCAUGUACUAAAUUCCACUUUGAGCUAGAGUAUUGAUUUUCUCUACA